AUGGGUAGAGAAUCAUCUAUUACACGUAUCGUUGGUCCUGAAAACUAUGCUAAACUUCAGCAGUUUAAGUGUUUGAUUGUUGGUGCCGGUGGAAUUGGAUCAGAACUGUUAAAAGACUGUAUCUUAAUGGGAUUCGGUGAAAUUCACAUUGUAGAUCUUGAUACCAUCGACUUAUCCAAUCUAAAUCGUCAGUUUUUAUUCAGACAAAAGGACAUUAAACAACCAAAAUCUACAACAGCUGUUAAAGCCGUUCAACAUUUCAGCAACUCCAAACUGGUACCAUAUCAGGGCAACGUUAUGGAUACAAACCAAUUCCCACUACAUUGGUUUGAUCAAUUUGAUAUUUUUCUCAAUGGGUUAGACAAUUUAGCUGCAAGACGGUAUGUGAAUAAAAUUUCACAAUUUUUAAAGAAACCGUUGAUUGAAUCUGGUACGUCAGGAUUUGACGGUUAUAUCCAGCCUAUUUUACCAGGUAAUACCGAAUGUUUUGACUGCACAAAGAAGGAGACUCCCAAGACUUUUCCCGUGUGUACUAUUAGAUCAACCCCAUCACAACCAAUCCACUGCAUAGUCUGGGCGAAAAAUUUCCUCUUUAACCAAUUAUUCACAUCUGACCAAUCAUCAACUACUGGAGAUAGCGAUGGUAACGAUUGGGGGACUGAUGACAAGGAAGAAAUUGAAAGAAUCAAGCAAGAAACUAAUGAAUUACAUGAUUUACAGCAAAUUGUUCAUCAUCAAGACAAGGUCCAUAUCACCGACAUCCUAAAGAAAUUAUUUGUUAAAGAUAUCGAAAAACUGUUACAAUUGGAUAAUUUAUGGAAAUCGAGAGCUAAACCUACUCCAUUAACCGAUGAUUUAAUAGAUAGUGCUAAGGAUGGUCAUGAUUCUACAGAUUUAAAUGCAAUUUGGAGCCUGGAGGAACAAAUCAGCCAAUUUAUCAAUGUGACCGAGAAGCUAAUGGAUAGGAUUGUUGAGGAGGAUUACAAUAUCGAAUUUGACAAAGACGACCAAGAUACGCUUGUAUUUGUAGCCACCGCCGCUAACAUCAGAUCGCACAUCUUUGGCAUUCCGAUCAAAACGGUCUUCGACAUAAAGCAAAUCGCUGGUAAUAUUAUCCCUGCAAUUGCAACUACUAACGCCAUUGUAGCGGGAUUAUCUACACUGACUGCUUUAAGGCUCUUGAAUUUCCUUCCAUAUGCCAAGACAAAUUCAGGGUUGGAUGUAAACAUGGCUUUCACGGCAAGAGCUAGUAACUUAUCAAAGGACCGCUAUUUAUCAAAUCCAAAAUUGGCUCCGCCUAACUGUAACUGUGCAGUAUGUGCUAAAGUAGCCCGUGGUGUGGUUAAAAUUACUGAAAAAGGGUUGGAGAAAUUGACUUUGUCUCAACUUAUCGAUUUACUCAAGAAAAAAUACAAUUAUCCAAGUGAAACUUCAUUGAUUGACACUAGCGAUCAACGUCUUUUAGUCGAUUUUGAUUUUGAGGAUUUACUGGAUCGUACAUUAUCCCAAGCCAAAUUACACGAUGGUUCAGUGAUACUUUUCUCUGACGAAGAGGGCGAUGAAAGCGAGAUGUACAGGAAGCCCUUAGAAAUAUAUUUGGAUGUGGUGGAGGAAAGUGCUAUUAAUUCAGAAAUUGAAUUGCCUGCACUGGAAAUCCCACUAUUCACGCCUCCCAAACAAGAGGAAGAGGACGAAGGGAAAGAGACCUCCACGGAAGAAUCUCCAGAAAAGGAAGAAGAUAAAAAUGGUAUUGUAAUACUGGAUGAGGAUGAAGGUAAAGAUGAAAAGGAUGGCACAACUACCAAGAGGCCUAGAUCUCCUGAUCAGACGGAAAAUGAUAGUAAAAGGGCUAAAACGUCGAAAAACCACAACGACGAGAACGGCGUCAUCGAGUUGGAUUGA